AUGCUUAACAGAACCAACAAAAGUAAUAUAUAUACGAAUAAAAAUAUGUCCUCAGUUUCAACCCCAGAACCAGAAUUUCAACAAGCUUACAACGAAAUCGUCCUAGCAUUAAAGGACUCCAGCUUGUUUGAAAAACAUCCAAAAUACGAAAAAGUUCUACCAAUCGUCUCUGUCCCAGAAAGAAUCAUCCAAUUCAGAGUCACAUGGGAAAAUGACCAAGGUGUUCAAGAAGUUGCUCAAGGUUACAGAGUCCAAUAUAAUUCCGCCAAGGGUCCAUACAAAGGUGGGUUAAGAUUCCAUCCAAGUGUCAAUUUAUCCAUUUUGAAAUUCUUAGGUUUUGAACAAAUCUUCAAGAAUGCUCUAACUGGGUUAGAUAUGGGUGGUGCUAAAGGUGGUCUAUGUGUUGAUUUGAAAGGUAGAUCUGAUAAUGAAAUUAGAAGAAUUUGUUACGCUUUCAUGAGAGAAUUAAGUAGACAUAUUGGUCAAGAUACUGAUGUCCCAGCUGGUGAUAUUGGUGUUGGUGGUCGUGAAAUUGGUUACUUAUUCGGUGCUUACAGAUCUUAUAAGAACUCUUGGGAAGGUGUUUUAACCGGUAAGGGUUUGAAUUGGGGUGGUUCUUUGAUUAGACCUGAAGCUACUGGUUUCGGUGUUGUUUACUUCACUCAAGCUAUGAUUGAUUACGCUACCAAGGGUAAAGAAUCAUUUGUUGGUAAGAGAGUUGCCAUCUCUGGUGCUGGUAACGUUGCUCAAUUUGCUGCUUUGAAAGUUAUUGAAUUAGGUGGUACUGUUGUCUCUUUAUCUGAUUCUAAAGGUUGUAUUAUUUCUGAAACUGGUAUUACUACUGAACAAGUUGCUGCUAUUGCUGAAGCCAAGAUUAAGUUCCAAUCUUUGGAACAAAUUGUUGGUGAUUACUCUGCCUUUACUGAAAACAAAGUUAAAUAUGUUGCUGGUGCUCGUCCAUGGACUAUUGCCGGUAAAGUUGACAUUGCCUUACCAUGUGCUACUCAAAAUGAAGUUUCAGGUGAUGAAGCUAAGGGUUUAGUUGCUGCUGGUGUCAAAUUUGUUGCUGAAGGUUCCAAUAUGGGUUGUACUCCAGAAGCCAUUGAAGUCUUUGAAAUUGCUCGUUCUACUGCUAAAUCUGUUGAAGAAAAUGUUUGGUACGUCGGUGGUAAGAGUUCUAACUUGGGUGGUGUUGGUGUUUCCGGUUUAGAAAUGGCUCAAAACUCUCAAAGAGUUAGAUGGACCAGAGAAAAGGUUGACUCUGAAUUGAAGAAGAUGAUGUUGAACUGUUUCAACGAUGUUGUGAAAGCUGCCAAAGAAUACGCUGUCGAAUCUAAUGAAAAUUCUUUACCAUCUCUAUUCAAGGGUGGUAACAUUGCUUCCUUCAUCAAGGUUGCUGACGCUAUGUUCGACCAAGGUGAUGUCUUUUAA